CUCGCACCGCUAUCCCACAGUUCCCCGGGGCACGAUGGCGGAGGCCGGUGCCGCGAGCCCUCAGUCUCCGCGCUUCACCGAGAGGCUCAAGCGGUGUGUCUGCUGCUCGUGGCCGUGCGUGUGCGCGCUUUGGGUGGCCGCGCUGCUCGCUCUCGUGUGCGCGCUGCGGAGCCCCCUGAAGCUGCAGGAGGCGCUGUCUGCUGCAUCCGUGUUCCUGAACACGCUGACGCCCAAGUUCUACGUGGCGCUCACGGGGACGUCGUCGCUCAUCUCGGGCCUCAUACUGAUAUUCGAGUGGUGCUACUUCCGCAAGUACGGCACCUCCUUCAUAGAGCAGGUCUCUGUGAGCCACCUGCGCCCCCUGCUCAGUGGGGGGGAGGGCGGCCCCAGCCCUGCAGGCCUCUUCUCAGUCAGUGGGGACAGCGAGUCGAGGCCCAGCGUUUCAGAAUGCAAAGUGUGGAGGAACCCGCUGAAUUUGUUCAGAGGAUCAGAAUACAGCAGGUACACAUGGGUGACGGGCAAGGAGCCGCUGACUUACUAUGACAUGAACCUCUCAGCACAAGACCAUCAGACAUUUUUUAGCUGUGACACCCAGCAGCAGCUCAGGCCCGAAGAUGCAGUGAUGCAGAAAGCCUGGAGAGAGAGGAACCCCCAAUCCCGCAUCAAGGCAGCCUAUCAGGCCAUUGAACUCAACAGCGAGUGCGCCUCUGCAUAUGUGCUCUUGGCCGAGGAGGAGGCCACCACCAUUGCGGAGGCCGAGCGCCUCUUUAAGCAGGCUCUUAGGAACGCUGGAAGAGACACCAACCUGCUGGUGUACAUCAAGCGCCGCUUGGCCAUGUGCGCACGCAAGCUGGGAAGGGUCAAAGAGGCCGUGAAAAUGAUCAGAGAGCUGAUGAAAGAAUUCCCACUACUGGGAAUGCUGAAUAUCCAUGAAAACCUGCUAGAGGCGCUUCUCGAGAUGCAGGCCUAUGCAGACGUGCAGGCGGUGCUGGCGAAAUACGAUGAUAUCAGCCUGCCCAAGUCAGCCACUAUAUGCUACACGUCUGCCCUGCUCAAAGCACGUGCCGUCUCUGACAAGUUCUCUCCAGAGGCAGCAUCAAGGAGGGGCCUCAGUACGGCUGAGAUGAACGCAGUGGAGGCCAUCCACAGGGCUGUAGAGUUCAACCCACAUGUACCUAAGCCAUUUUGUAUGAGUGAGACACCAGGGGGUGUCCUUGGCUCAGGAGUGCAGCAAACACCAUCUCAAGCACUAAAGAUCACUGGGUUGUUCAGCUGUAGUCUAGAGGGGCAAGUCCAUGUUUUCCAGCACUCCUUCCUGACUUGGAGCUCAGAACGGAAGGUAAGUGGGUUCAGCUGAGCCGAGUUGAUGAUUCGCUUAACAGAAACUUCAAGGACUCAUUUGUGGCCCUUCAGGCCCACCACUGACCAUCCAUAGAGAAUCUCAGCUGCUGUGUAAGGUAUACCUCGUAAUAACGCGACAUACAGUAUGUAUGGGAAAGAACCUCCACUUGAAGAUGAAGUUGGCUUAGUUUAAGUAUAAGCGUAUAAAUAAAUAUUUCUCUAAGCUGAGUACUGCAAAAAAAAAAUCAGGUCUGCACAUUGUGCAUAUUCAGUUUAGUUUUUCAGGUGGCACAGCAGUGGUCAGUCGGUUUUAGAUUCUGUGCGGCAGGGGCUGGCACUAAACAUCGUGAAUAAAACAGCCACAAAUGCAAAUACGGCUCGAUGCUGAAUUGUUGAGGCGAGGGAGCGCCCAGCGCCUUCAUGUUUGCUUUAAUGUCCUGGAACUAAUUUUGCUGGAGAUGUGGCGGACCCACAGGAGGUGUCUGAACCGGCAGCUGGAGUGCUACCUCACCUCGGCCCUCACCCCUACCCCUGGGGAAGCCUUUCCCAGCAGCCUAGCUCACGCUCGCUGUUUGCGUAUACUUACACAUGAGGACUGUGUAUCUCUGACCCAAUGGCCUGCUGACCUCCCCAGGCGGACAAGCACUGAGAGCCAGUCGACGCAGGCCCCGACUCCUGGCUCAAAGAAGCACCAGAUAGUGCUUUCGGCACCCGCCGGACCUCCACACCCUGCCUAGUUCAUACACGUCAUCUGGGGGGGCUCGGGGAGAGAGCCAGGGGCCAAGGGGGUGAUGUCCACUUGGAUAGCCCAGUGGGACCUAGAAGGGGAGGUCAUCUGAGUCCAGUCUGAUUCACGCCAUGCUCAUGAACCCCUCUGGCUCCACCCAGCUCUAGUGUGUGACGGUAUUGGCUGUUUGCAGCGUUGGUUUUGAGACGGUGAUAACAGAAUAGUUUGUCUCCAGCAUUUUGAGUAGGUCUCUCGGAAGAGGUGAGGUUUUCUGCUUGUUCUUUCUCACCUCCCCCAAUGCCAAAGUCAGCAGUUGCCUGGGCCCUGUUUUCUUAGAUGCAGCACCGAGCAGAUCUUCAAAUCCCGGUGAAGAGCUCUUCCCACGGGGAUUAGACAGGGACGCCUCGGGGGUGUGGGUAACAGACUGCUGCAUCCCCUCAAAUUCCUCACCAAGGCCAUGAUCUCCGUGACUUUCCCAUCCUGCCGCUUGGGGUUCUGCUCAUGCACAAUCGAGAGAAACUUGUGCUCGUUCAGUCCCGCUGUGGUUUGUGUUCUCUACUUCAUUCAAUGGACCUGGAGGCCAAAGCAGCUUCAGAAGCCGGUGCUUCAGCUUGUGUGUUCUAAACCUUCACUUGGCACAGCAUUAACUUUGGAAAAACAAAACUUAUUCCACCAGUUAGUUCUCUCUAACAAGCACAAGAGUUAUCCCCCAGAAGACAUGUCUGCAUUUCUGCAGGACCACUUCCUUAGGAUCAGUGACUUAUUUAGUUUUUAAGAUGCCAGGGAAUAUAAAAAUGUACCCGUUAGCUGUGUGUAGUCUAUAACUUUAGCCGGAUUUAGACGAUUAUUUCAUGUCACCUGUCUCCAGCACUCCCUGCUUUCACCAUCUCAGACUGAGAGUGAGGAGCCAGCAGAUUUACAGCGGUCCACUUGUCUCUCCAUAUCAACAUAAGGUCCAUUGUGACUCUCAAUAGACCCAAAGGGACCAGCUGUUCCUUCGGUCCCAGGUCCUGCCCCUCCUCAAUAAACUACCACCACCAGGAUGAUGGGUGGAGACUAAAGUAAUCCGAGGUAAAUCAUGGGCGCAUUCGCACUGCCCCUUUGGCCCCUUAUGGCCAACUGUUUGAAGAAGAACUUGGUUUUCUUAGCCUCAAAUGGAUCGACACACUUCUGUCUCAAAGUUUCAAAGGUGUCGGGGGAAAACCCCCAGUCUAAUAGGGUUUGCAGGGGGGGGUCAGUAACAAGUGAAUUUGUGAUCCGUAGUCGUGAAUAGGGGGCUUUUGCUGUUCUCUUAUUUUUGUGACAGAGUUACUGAUAGAUGUGCUGUAGAUCUUGUGUCCUGAAGCACCCUUGCGGAUGAAUCUGCAUCAGCUACUUUGCCAGACAUUGAUAUCUGUUUUGAGAAUUCAGCUCAGAAACUGGUGUUUCCUUUGCAUGUUGGAUUUACGGAAACUGAGGUGGUCCCAACUUUAUAUAAACUUUGAUUGAGAUACAUGGAAAUCCUGUGUAAUGGGAACCACCGUUCCAAAGUAGUGUGUGCACACCUGUGUCCCUGGCUGCUCACUGCACACACAGUCUUUCAAUGGCACAUGCCUUCCAUUGUGUCACACGCUGCAGAUUAGAGCCAGGCAGGCCUCAUGCCCUCUGUUUAGGCUUAAGGAUGGCUCGGGGAUAAAAAGAGGGGUAAUGUCAGUGAAACUCAAUCCUAUCAUGAAAGGGCCCAGUUGAGGGGGGCAAUGCUAGGGCAGGCAAGCAAUGAGGUGUAACGCUCUGUCAUCACCUGCACCACUCCACGUUGUUGCUACUCCGUCACUGAAAGUGAAACGAACUCUGAGCCCAGGAAUCACUUUGUGCUGCUGCAUAUAGACCCUACUGCCAUAGAUAGAUAGAUAGAUAGAUGAAAUUUCAUUGAUCCCACAGGAAGUUGCACAAGGCUACAACAGCAUGUGUGUAUUUAGAGUAUGAAAGUGUGCAACUGGAAAGUGUGCGGAAAAAAUAAAAAGCAGCAUUUACAGCUCACAUGGGCCCCUCCCUGUACCUACAUGUAUGUAUGGAUAUUAGUAUGUAUUCAGGUUUUUUUUUUUUUGAGGAGGGGGUGUCGUGUCACUUUUUUAUUUGAUCUGAAGCUGUGAAUAAGUCCUCAUGUAUUUUGCUACCAACUGAGACCUCACCCAAGAGACUGGACAAAGAGAAAUGUUUGUUACAGGUGCCCUGGUGGUCAAUGGAUAACAAGCUUUUGGCCACCUGUGUCGCUGUGGGUAUUGUACAAAUUAAUGUUCUGCAUUGUAGCCUAUUAGAGCAGUAUCGCAUCUCCUUUUUCCGACAGUACCUUUGAGCUGGGCCUCACAGUGCUUCUACCUUUGGAUGGAGGGUUUUCUUACUAGCUCUCUUGGCUCAGAUUCCCAGCACAGUGCUUGCACUCCCCCUUCUGCUGCCCCUCUGGGCAGUCCCUCUGACUCACAGAGCAUGGCCUGGGGGGAUUAAGGGGGAUUAGGAAGCUUGUAGCCCUCCAAAAGUGUCAGUCUGAGACUUGCUGCAAUAUGAAUCAGCCUGCCUGGAAGGGGAUUUGCGGAACUGUGUGGGGAGGGCAUAACUAGGCUUAGCACAUGAAGACCUGUCCUCCUUUGAUGAACCGCGGUUGACCACAGCAGACAGGCAAGGACAAGCUAUUGGGGUGGUGAGAAUGUUGAGUGUGGAGGUAGUUUAUAUUAUAAAGAGCAAAUAAGAAGUGCCUUCUGUACAUCCCAUUUGAUUGGUAUAAUUUCCUCAGUUUGAAACUUUCACUAGUUUGGAAUUGAGUAAGAAUGAAGGCAACAGGCAGUACCUGGUCACAAAGCAUGGAGCUUAUUCAAAGGCUUACACUGGCUUUUGUUUUUAGCCAAGGGAAGGCCAUCAUGUUCCUCAGUUUUCUCUUUUACCAUAUCCAGAUAGAUGCAGCGAUUCAUACUAUAAACUAUAAGUAAAGAAUACUUGCUGAAGCAGCAUUUGUGCUGUUUUAGUCAUUGUUAGAAAUAUCUCAAGCUAUGAAUUAAUAAGUCAAAUGGUUUCAGAGGGAGAAAAUACAGCCACUCUUUUCACAAGACAAUCUAAGUUACACAUUCUGUUAAUCCAUUCAUUUACAUUCAGUUGAUGCCUUUCUCCCAAGCAACCUACAAUUAUUCUCCUCAUUUAUAUGCCUGUGUAAUAUUACUGGCGCAAUCUGAGGUAAGUGCCUUGCUCAGAGGUACUAGAACUGGGGAUGGGAUUUGAAGCUGUGGGUCGAAAGGCAACAGCACCAACCACUACACUACCAGCUACUCCCAUUUUUAAAAAGGCUUAUUCUGGUGAGGGCUGCAGUGGAAAAAGGUCAAACAAAGCAGACUCUUCAGCAGCAGUCUCAAACUCCUCUCUGGUAUGAUCCCCAGGUGUUCCCAUGUCAGCCGAGAGAUUUAGUCAUCCAUCGUGUCAGGGGUCUGUCCCAGAGCCUCCUUGCAGUGUUGUAUCUCUAAUAUGCUUUGAAUAGGACACAUUCUGGAAGCAUUCUAAUUAAAUAACCCUAAUCCAACCUCAACUGGCAUCUCCCAAUCUGGUCAACUCGUAGCACUAAUCUGUAAGUUUCUUUAUCACUGAGCUCAUUAUUCACUCAUGUGAAGCCUGCCACCCUGCAGAGGAGCUUAAUGCCUUCUGUUUCCACCCACAGUUUUGAUCUUUUGGUCACUAUUUAAAAGUUACAACUGUAGGUGUGGAUUUGGAUGGAGACUGAAUUGUAAGCCACAACAUUUGUCCAAGGACUCAGCUGCCCAUUCACCACCAUAUAUCGUUAACAGAGUUAAUAAUACCGCAGCUGUUUCGUGGAGCCAUUGAUAUAAUCUCCUGAUCCUUUUUGCCAUCACUUGUGAAAAGAUCCCCAAGGUACCUAAACUCUUCCACUUCAGGCAGCUGCCCCAUUCUCUCCCAAACUGGAGAGAGACAGCUGUUUUAUCCUGGAAGAAAACCAUCACCUUAGGUUUGUAGGUGCUGGUCUUCUCCCCAACUGCAUUACACUCAACUGCCAACUGGACUAAUGCAUUGCAGAGAUCAUGGUCUCAUAAGACUAACAGAAUUACAUCUCCUGCAGACGGCAACAGUAUGUCCCUACUCUCCCCAGACUGGAUAUUUUUCAAACCCUGACUUUGCCUUGUUAUCUGGUAGAUGAAUUUCACAAAUAGAAGAGAAGAGACUAGAUGCACCCUUAGUAAAGUCUGCUGAUCACAUUGAAUAAGCUGUACUUAACACUAAAAAUGCAAACAACUCUCACACAGUGUCUGAAACCGCUUGUCCCAAGCAGGGUU